ACACUCGGGAUUUGAGGUCUACGCGAUGACGUCACUGCGCAAACCUGGCGCUCGGGGAAACAUUUCGUAAAAUCAAGUUCAAAGAAAUUUUUUGUUGUUGUGGUGGCUUUUACGAAAUAGUCAGCUUACAAAAAAAAUAUCAGGCCACAGAACAACAUCUUUGAACGGGAAACAACAUAUUCGAAGGACAAGAAAAAUGGGGCGCAGAAAAUCCAAGAGAAAGCCCCCCCCCAAGAAAAAAAUGACCGGCAACUUGGACACCCAGUUCACGUGCCCGUUUUGUAACCACGAAAAGUCGUGCGAUGUGAAAAUGGAGCGAACCCGAAACACAGGAAUUAUAUCAUGCAGCGUUUGCUUGGAGGAGUUCCAGACUCCUAUAACCUAUCUGUCAGAACCGGUGGAUGUUUACAGUGACUGGAUCGAUGCAUGUGAAGCAGCCAAUCAGUGAUCGUUUCCUCUCCAAUCAACUGGUACAACGACAAGUUCUUGUUUUGUUAGCACCGUAGCUACACAGUAUUUACUUCAACGCCACAUCGAGCGCCGAUUCCUAUGCCAACUUUGCCACCGUGUCGGAUGUGGCAAAACGGAGCGACGGGCGAAGAUGCGUCGUUCUGUUUUUGCAAUCGUUUGACAUUCAAAGUCAGCGCUCAUGGGAUUACCGUUCACAGGUGAGACUGAACAAGGACCUUUCAUUGCAUUUGCCCAUUUUCAGGGGCACUUAUCCACAGUAAGUGCAGAAUAGAAACUUCAAUUAGCUGCUCAUUUAAUAGUCACCCGGUAGCUUGCCAUCAAAAGCUGAAAACGCAAACAAAGAAUCGACAGUAUAUGAGCUUAACAUUGGUGUGCACAAACAAUUAGCAAGCCCUCUCCAACUAUUAGCACGUAUCAAAUUAGCUUGUAGUCUGCAUCCCACUAAAGAAGUGACUUUCAGCUUUUGCCUGCCAGGCGCCGAUUUGUUUGUCUGAUGUAGGGUGAGUUUUUUUUGCAUCCGGGCUUUAAUAAACCCAUUUGCACGUGGAAUCGAGAACAGUGCGCCGAGAUCUUCGUGGGAUGGGUUUCCACGGCCGAUCGGCUGCAUCCGAGCCAGGCAUCACCGAGUGCAAAGCAAAGCGUCGGAUGCAGCGGUGUAAAGCGCGCCGCCCCUGGACUCUAGAGGAGGGGGGGGGGGGACGCGUUCUCCGGAGCGACGAAUGAUGCUUCUCCAUCUGGCAGUCUGAUGGAUGGCUCUGGGUUCGGCAGUGAAAGGAAGUGAAUGUCCAAUUCCAUGCUCCCAACUUUGCGGUAACAGUUUGGAAGUGGGCCUUUCCCCUUCCAACAUGACUGUGUUAAAUCGACUUAGCUGAGUUUUACUGAUUUCCCCCCACAGCCCGAGUACAAGCUCAACUUGUGCGCAGAGUAAGAAGGCUUGUACACAUUUGUUAGUGACGGAAGCUCAAUGACAGAUAAAUAAAUGCCUAAUGGCCACACUUGAACACAAAAACUAUCUAAAAUACCAUGCUUGCCAGCAAAAUGAUUGCACACAAAAUGUAAAUGAAUCGAAACAUUUUCAAACCUCUCCAGUGUGAAUACCGUACUGACCCAUUUUCCUUUCGACAAAUUGCCUGCUGGGGCGCUGGGGAUGGUGUCUUGCUCAAGGACAGUAGCCAGAAAGCACACACACUACAGUCUGUCCAACAACCAGUUGCUAUUUUGACUUUGGACAUUUGUCCCCAGUGGGUAUGGAACUCCGUAUCUUACAGAUGAGGUAGCGGAGUAAACAUUCAUACUCGUCAGAUAAAAAGUUGCGUAGGUUUUUCUAUCCGUUUCCCAAAUAGAUUUGCGCGCGUGUGGCUGGGUAAACGGGAGGCAUUCACUUCAAGCACUCUGUAGUCCAUUUGCGUAAUUGCGUUCGUUUACACGGCACAACUUCCACAUCAAAUAUGGCAGACACAGUGACCUAACGCAACAACGCGCCUAUGUAUACAGUAUCCUGUAUAUCUAUGGUUAGCGCGAUGAAAUAUUUUCUUGAAAUAUGUAAUGUGUUGUUUGAUUGAAGCUCAUUUCGACUUCUAAACCCUUAGUAUUUACUCCAUCCGUGUAUUAAACCCAGCAUUAUGCAAGUAGGUGUUGGUAUUUGUUAUCUCUUAGGACCAAAUAGCCAUGAAACAUGAUAUUUCUGUCACGGUUAUUAUACGUUAUAUAUAUAUAUAUAUAUAUAUACUCACCACUGGUAUUUGUUCUCAUUAGUAUGUGAUCUUUUUCAGUGUUGAUUUGAAUCCCAUCAUUGAUACAAACGCUGCUGUGUAAUACCUGCCAAUGUCUUAAGGUCAAGUAUGUACAGACAGGCAAGUGAUGAGUGAAGGGCGGCGGGGGGAAGGAUUUUUAGAUCUAUAUAUAAUGAUGGGUGUGCAGAUCUGGUAUUGUCUGUGUACCGCGCCAGUUCUCGAUUUGAAUUCUUUUUUCGAAUCACAUCUUUCCCAUUUAUAUUUUGCAUGCAUUUUAAGAUCAUUACAGCAAAUCAGAUUUUUUGUUUUCAAGUGUUUUUAUUGCACAAAUGUCAUGUUGAGUGAAAGCCAGUAUAGAAGAAAGACAAUAUUGUUGAAACACAGCCUACUCAUGAAAGGUGACAUUUUACCAUUGACUCAACAUUUUGAUAUAUUUUAGAUUACACAGAUUAAUAAAUCCACUGUAAAAAUGCUAAUCUUCAUUGCUCGUAUUCAUUUUAUUCAAUUAAAGGAAUGUUCAAAGAUUUGACUGACAACUCGG